UUGAAGUUAAACACGGAUUUACCCUAUUUUAUCAUAUUUAAAAGUUUAUAUUUCCGUCUGUUUGAUGCUUUUGUACGAACGCUGGUGAUACAAAGCAGGUGAGACCGAGGCGGCCGCUCCUUGAGGAUUCGGGUGGAAAUGUCGAGCGAGAAGCCGGUUUCAGCACCGGGUUCCGGCUCGAUCUCGGACCGAGAAGCUCCCCCGGGUCCUGGGCAGCAAGUCGUUACAGGUUCUGCUUCAGGGGAGAUAAUGGUGUCUGGAUCCGGCUCCAUGGUUCUCCCCGCCGGGGUGAUCAACCCCUCGGUUCCGAUCCGGAAUAUCAAGAUGAAAUUCGCCGUCCUUAUUGGUCUUAUACAGGUUGGAGAGGUUAGCAACAGAGACAUCGUCGAAACAGUUCUAAAUCUGCUGGUGGGUGGCGAGUUUGACCUGGAGAUGAACUUCAUCAUCCAGGACGCGGAGAGCAUCGGCUGCAUGGCGGAGCUGCUGGAGCACUGCGACGUCACGUGCCAGGCGGAGAUCUGGAGCAUGUUCACCGCCAUCCUGCGCAAGAGCGUGCGCAACCUGCAGACCAGCACCGAGGUGGGCCUCAUCCAGCAGGUGCUCAACAAGAUGAGCUCCGUCGACGACAUGAUCGCAGACUUAUUAGUGGACAUGCUUGGUGUGCUGGCCAGCUACAGCAUCACUGUAAAGGAGCUGAAGUAUCUCUUCAGUAUGCUUAGAGGAGACAAUGGAAUGUGGCCCAGGCACGCCAUCAAGCUGCUGUCAGUGUUGAAUCAGAUGCCCCAGAGACAUGGCCCAGAUACCUUCUUCAACUUCCCUGGACGCAGCGCAGCGGCUAUCGCCUUGCCCCCCAUUGCUAAGUGGCCUUACCAGAAUGGCUUCACCCUCAACACCUGGUUCCGCAUGGAUCCGCUCAAUAACAUCAACGUAGACAAGGAUAAGCCGUACCUCUACUGUUUCCGGACGAGCAAAGGGAUCGGCUACUCGGCACAUUUUGUGGGCAACUGCUUGAUUGUCACAUCACUGAAGUCCAAGGGCAAAGGCUUCCAGCACUGUGUCAAGUACGACUUCCAACCCCGGAAGUGGUACAUGAUCAGCAUCGUCCACAUCUACAACCGCUGGAGGAACAGCGAGAUCCGCUGCUACGUCAACGGCCAGCUCGUCUCCUACGGCGACAUGGCCUGGCACGUCAACACUAACGAUAGCUAUGACAAAUGCUUCCUGGGAUCGUCGGAGACGGCCGACGCUAACCGGGUUUUCUGCGGCCAACUGGGGGCCGUCUACGUGUUCAGCGAGGCGCUCAACCCGGCGCAGAUCUUCGCCAUCCACCAGCUGGGGCCUGGCUAUAAGAGCACGUUCAAGUUUAAAUCGGAGAGUGACAUCCACCUGGCGGAGCACCACAAGCAGGUGCUGUACGACGGGAAGCUGGCCAGCAGCAUCUCCUUCACCUACAACGCCAAGGCCACCGACGCCCAGCUGUGCCUGGAGUCCUCGCCGCGGGAGAACCCCUCCAUCUUCGUCCACUCGCCCCACGCCCUCAUGCUGCAGGACGUGAAAGCCAUCGUCACCCACUCCAUCCAUAGUGCCAUCCACUCCAUCGGAGGAAUCCAGGUGCUCUUCCCUCUCUUCUCCCAGCUGGACUACAGGCAGCCCAACGACAACCCCGUGGAGACCACCGUUUGUGCUACUCUCCUGACCUUCCUGGUGGAGCUGCUGAAGAGCUCGGUGGCCAUGCAGGAGCAGAUGCUGGGGGGGAAGGGCUUCCUGGUGAUCGGCUACCUGCUGGAGAAGUCGUCGCGGGUGCACAUCACCAGGGCGGUGCUGGAGCAGUUCCUGUCCUUCGCCAAGUACCUGGACGGCCUGGCCCACGGCGCGCCACUGCUCAAGCAGCUGUGUGACCACGUCCUGUUCAACGCCGCCAUCUGGAUCCACACGCCCGCCAAGGUGCAGUUGUCGCUCUACACGUACCUGUCGGCGGAGUUCAUCGGCACGGCGACCAUCUACACCACUAUCCGGCGGGUGGGCACGGUGCUGCAGCUGAUGCACACGCUCAAGUACUACUACUGGGCCAGCAACCCGCAGGAGAGCAGCGGCAUCACCCCCAAAGGCCUGGAUGGACCCCGGCCCACUCAGAAAGAGGUGAUCUCUCUCCGCGCUUUCAUGCUUCUCUUCCUCAAGCAGCUCAUCCUCAAGGACCGAGGCGUGAAGGAGGAUGAACUGCAGAGUAUUUUAAAUUACCUGUUGACGAUGCACGAGGAUGAGAACAUCCAUGACGUCCUGCAGCUCCUUGUGGCCCUGAUGUCGGAGCAUCCUGCCUCCAUGAUCCCCGCCUUCGACCAGAGGAACGGAAUACGGGUUGUCUACAAACUACUGGCGUCCAAGAGUGAGAGUAUUCGAGUGCAAGCACUUAAAGUGCUGGGCUACUUCCUAAAGCACCUUGGCCACAAGAGGAAGGUGGAGAUCAUGCACACACACAGCCUCUUCACACUGCUGGGGGAGCGCCUGAUGAUGCACACCAACACCGUCUCCGUCACCACCUACAACACCCUCUACGAGAUCCUCACGGAGCAGGUGUGCACUCAGGUGGUCCACAAGCCCCACCCGGAGCCCGACUCCAGCGUCAAGAUCCAGAACCCCAUGAUUCUGAAGGUGGUGGCCACGCUGCUGAAGAGCUCCACCCCGAGUGCCGACCUGAUGGAGGUGCGACGGCUCUUCCUGUCCGACAUGAUCAAGCUGUUCAGCAACAGCAGAGAGAACAGACGGUGCCUGCUGCAGUGUUCAGUGUGGCAGGACUGGAUGUUCUCGCUGGGCUACAUCAACCCCAAGAACCCCGAGGAGCAGAAGAUCACGGAGAUGGUCUACAACAUUUUCCGCAUCCUGCUCUACCACGCCAUCAAGUACGAGUGGGGCGGCUGGCGCGUCUGGGUGGACACCCUCUCCAUCGCCCACUCCAAGGUGACCUAUGAGGCCCACAAGGAGUACCUGGCCAAGAUGUACGAGGAGUACCAGCGUCAGGAGGAGGAGAACAUCAAGAAGGGCAAGAAGGGCUCCGUGAGCACCAUCUCCGGCCUGUCGGCCGCGCCCGCCGCCACCGUCAACGGCACCCUGGAGCUGGACGACACGUCGCAGACGCAGACGCCCGAGAGCGAGGCCGACUACGGCGAGAACGCCGACUCGUCCCGCAACCUGCUGGCCGAGUGCAAGGGCGCGGAGGGUCCGGCGGGAGCGGAGGCGACCACGGCGGCGGUGGCGGUGGUCGGGGCUGUCGCGGGUCCCGCCGGCGUGCGGGUGGAGGUGCACGACCUGCUGGUGGACAUCAAGGCGGAGAAGGUGGAGGCCACGGAGGUCAAGCUGGACGACCUGGACCUCUCCCCGGAGGUGCUGGGCGUCGGCGGCGGAGGCAACGGAGGGGUCAGCGUCGGGGUCGGCGCGAUGGAGAACGGGCCUCUGGUGGAGGUGGACUCCCUGCUGGACUCCACCUACUGCGCCGGCAUGCACAAGCUCAACGGCAGCCUGGCGCCCAAGGAGCACGAGCUGGCGGGCAUCCGCGCGGGCAGCAGCAGCGCCAACAGCGGCGCUGGCGGCGGCGGCCUGGACGACGGCGCCAACCUGGGCCCGCUCAUCACGCUGGCCGACGAGAAGGACAUGCCCAGCGUGCCCAGCAACAACGGCUUCCUCUUCCCCAAGGGCGACGAGAAGCUGCUGCCCUCGCUGGCGUCGCCCGGCCCCGCCGCCGCCGAGCCCCUGGUGCUGCCCCCGGUGGUGGUGGCGGGCGCCGGCGAGCAGGCCUGCGACGACCUCAGCCUGCUGGCGCACAUGACCACCUGCGGCUCGGACCUGGGCCGGGCGGGGGCCGCGUCGGCGGCCGGGGGAGCCGUGCUGCCCGAGGACGGGCAGUUCAAGCUCCGGAGCGCGCUGGUGGACAUCAGCACGCUGGCCGAGGCCGAGGCGCGGGCGUCGGCGCGGGCCCUGGAGAGCGGCGAGGGGGCGGAGGGCGCCACGGCGGAGGGCACCUCAGCGGCAGGCCUGGAGGGAGACUCAGCGGCGGGCGCCAAGGCCACCGGAGACGCCACCAGCACCACCUCGGACACGGAGCGGUCGGACGAUGGCAAGGACAAAGAGAUGAAGAAGAUCCAGACCACGGCCACAACUCAGGCCAUGCACGGGCGCACGGCGGCUCAGAUGGAGCGGGACCUGCGGGUGGACCUGGGCUUCCGCGGGAUGCCCAUGACCGAGGAGCAGCGGCGGCAGUUCAGCCCGGGCCCGCGCACCACCAUGUUCCGCAUCCCCGAGUUCAAGUGGUCACCCAUGCACCAGCGGCUGCUCACCGACCUGCUCUUCGCCCUGGAGACGGACGUGCAUGCCUGGAGGAGCCAUUCCACCAAAUCCGUCAUGGACUUUGUGAACAGCAAUGAGAACAUCAUUUUUGUACACAACACUAUCCACUUGAUCUCUCAGAUGGUGGAUAACAUCAUCAUCGCCUGUGGGGGCAUCCUGCCUCUGCUCUCUGCGGCCACGUCGCCCUCUAGUUCUAAGGUUAGUGCGAACGCUACGGAGCUGGAGAACGUGGAGGCCACGCAGGGCAUGUCCUCGGAGACGGCCGUCACCUUCCUGACCCGCCUGAUGGCCAUGGUGGACGUGCUGGUGUUCGCCAGCUCCCUCAACUUCAGCGAGAUUGAGGCCGAGAAGAACAUGUCCUCCGGCGGCCUGAUGAGACAGUGCCUCAGGCUGGUGUGCUGUGUAGCGGUCAGAAAUUGCCUGGACUGCAGACAGAGGCAGAGGGAUCGUGGCAGCAAGACUUCUCUGCCCAUCAGCAAGACCCAGGAGAGCCUGCAGAGCGCAGCCGCAGCCAGCAAGGAUCCCGACCGCCUGCUGCAGGACGUGGACAUCAACCGCUUGAGAGCCGUCGUCUUCCGAGACGUGGAUGACAGCAAACAGGCCCAGUUCCUGGCGCUGGCCGUGGUCUACUUCAUCUCCGUGCUGAUGGUAUCCAAGUACCGGGACAUCCUGGAGCCGCAGCGGGAGAUUGGCAGGUCCAGCAGCUUAUCGGGGAGGAGCAUCCGGCAAGAGAUCAAUUCGCCCACCAGCACAGAUGGGGGCCUGAGGGAGCGCCACACGCCUCUGGACGAGCUCCCCGUGGAGGGGUCCCUGCCCCACACCGACUCCGGCAUCGGGGACGACCACGUCUCGGGCGCCCUCAACGGCACGGACAUGGGCGGAGACGCCGGCAUCGGCGGCCUGGUCGGGGGCAUGGGCGGCGGCGUGAGCAGCAUCAUGGGCAGCGGGCCGGACGCCAUGAGCGAGCUGCUGGGCACGCUCUCCUCGGAGGUGCACAAGUCACGCGAGAGCCUGCUGGAGUCGCCGCCGCCGCCGUCGUCGUCCCUCGGCCGCCCGUCGUCCGUGGAGGUGCUCAAGCCGGCGUCGUCCAUCUCCAGCAUCAGCCAGUCCAACAAGGGCAUCAACGUCAGGGAGAUCCUCAAGAGCCUGGUGGCCGCGCCGGUGGAGGGGGCCGAGGCCGGGCCGGAGCCCCAGGCCUACCACCCCGACCCGGCCCUCAAGAGCCAGGCCCAGGCCAUGCUGCCCAUGCAGUUCCACUCCUUCGACAGGAGUGUGGUGGUGCCGGUGAAGAAGCCUCCUCCGGGCAGCCUGGCGGUGAACACGGUGGGCACCCCCACCACCAGCGGAGCCGCCACCCCAGGCAGCACACCCAACAUCUUCGCCGCCGCCACCGCCACGCCCAAGAGCAUGAUCAACACCACAGGUGCCACAGACUCUGCCUCCUCCUCCUCCUCCUCUUCCUCCAGCUUUGUGAACGGGGCCACCAGUAAGAACCUGCCGGCGGUGCAGACCGUGGCCCCCAUGCCAGAGGACACGGUGGAGAACAUGAGUGCCUUUUGCGAGGUGGACCAGUGUCCACUCCGAACCGGGCUGACCCAACCAGAACUCAAAUCCCUUAGCUCCCUGGCAGGAUUCCAGGCAGCCCCCAGAGAUGCAGGACAGUUCCUUAGCAUCACCACCAAGCUGGAGCGGGCGCUGGAGAAGGUGGCACCACUGCUGCGCGAGAUCUUCGUGGACUUCGCCCCCUUCCUGUCCCGCACCCUUCUGGGCAGCCAUGGGCAGGAGUUGCUCAUAGAAGGUCUGGUGUGUAUGAAGUCCAGCACAUCUGUAGUGGAGCUGGUCAUGCUGCUCUGCUCUCAGGAGUGGCAGAAUUCAAUACAGAAGAAUGCUGGCCUGGCCUUCAUCGAGCUCAUCAACGAAGGAAGGCUGCUGUGUCAUGCCAUGAAGGACCACAUUGUGCGGGUGGCCAACGAGGCCGAGUUCAUACUGAACCGUCAGAGAGCAGAGGAUGUCCACAAGCACGCCGAGUUCGAGUCCAACUGUGCCCAGUAUGCGGCAGACAGGAGAGAGGAGGAGAAGAUGUGCGAUCACCUGAUCAGCGCUGCCAAGCACAGGGAUCACGUGACAGCCAACCAGCUCAAGCAGAAGAUCCUCAACAUUCUCACCAACAAGCAUGGAGCCUGGGGCACCAUGUCUCAGAGCGUACUCCACGAUUUCUGGCGUCUGGACUACUGGGAGGACGACCUGCGGAGGAGGCGGAGAUUUGUACGGAACGCGUUUGGCUCCACCCACCCUGAUGUCCCACUCAAGGAUCUGGCCGAAUAUGGCACAGACGAGGAGGAGGACGAGAAAUCCAAGAAGGCGUUCCGCAGCCAAUCGGUGGUGGCGCAGAACCCCGAGACGGAGCUCAUGCUGGAGGGAGACGACGACGCCGUGAGCCUGCUGCAGGAGAAGGAGAUUGACAACCUCGCAGGCCCUGUGGUGUUGAGCACGCCUGCCCAGCUGGUGGCUCCGGUGGUGGUGGCUCGUGGAACUCUCUCCAUCACCACCACCGAGAUCUACUUUGAGGUGGAUGAGGACGACUCCGCGUUUAAAAAGAUUGAUGCAAAAGUCCUGGCCUACUCCGAGGGCCUCCAUGGGAAGUGGAUGUUCAGUGAAAUCCGGGCGGUCUUCUCCAGACGCUACCUGCUCCAGAACACGGGCCUGGAGGUCUUCAUGGCCAACAGAACUUCCGUCAUGUUCAACUUCCCUGAUCAGGCGACAGUGAAGAAAGUGGUGUACAGUUUGCCCCGUGUGGGAGUUGGCACCAGCUAUGGCUUGCCCCAGGCAAGACGGAUCUCUCUGGCCACUCCACGGCAGCUCUUCAAGUCUUCCAACAUGACGCAGCGAUGGCAGAGGAGGGAGAUCUCCAACUUUGAGUACCUCAUGUUCCUCAACACCAUCGCAGGGAGGACGUACAAUGACUUGAACCAGUAUCCCAUAUUCCCCUGGGUGCUCACCAACUACGAGUCCGAGGAGCUGGACCUCACCCUCCCCGGGAACUUCAGAGAUCUCUCAAAGCCAAUCGGAGCCCUGAAUCCAAAGCGCGCCGCGUUCUACGCAGAGCGCUACGAGAACUGGGAGGAAGACGGAACCCCCCCUCACCAUUACGACCUGCUCUACUCCACAUCCGCCGGCACGCUCUCCUGGCUCGUCAGGAUAGAACCCUUCACCACCUUCUUCCUCAGCGGCAAUGACAAGAAGUUUGACCACGCUGACCGCACCUUCUCUGGCAUCGCGCGCUCUUGGAGGAACUGUCAGAGAGACACCUCUGAUGUGAAGGAGCUGAUCCCAGAGUUCUACUACCUCCCCGAGAUGUUUGUCAACAGCAAUGGCUACAGCCUGGGCGUGAGGGACGACAGGAUGAUGGUGUGUGACGUGGACCUGCCUGCAUGGGCCAAGAAGCCAGAGGACUUUGUCCGAAUCAACAGGAUGGCUCUGGAGAGUGAGUUUGUGUCCUGCCAGCUGCACCAGUGGAUUGACCUCAUCUUCGGCUACAAGCAGCGCGGCCCAGAGGCCGUCCGGGGCCUCAACGUGUUCCACUACCUGUCCUACGAGGGGUCACUGAGCCCCGACACCAUCACUGACCCGCUGCUCAGAGAGACCAUGGAGGUCCAGAUCCAGACGUUUGGCCAGGUCCCAUCUCAGCUGCUCAUCGAGCCCCACCCGCCACGCAGCUCCGCCAUGCACCUGUGUUUCCUUCCCCAGAGUCCGCUGAUGUUUAAGGACCAGAUGCAGCAGGACGUCAUCAUGGUGCUCAAGUUCCCGUCCAACUCGCCCGUCACGCACGUGGCGGCCAACACGCUGCCGCACCUCAGCAUCCCCGCCGCCGUCACCGUCACCUGCAGCCGCCUCUUCGCCGUCAACCGCUGGCACAACACCGUCGGACUAAGAGGAGCUCCAGGAUACUCUUUAGAACAGGCUCAUCAUCUUCCCAUCGAGAUGGACCCUCUGAUUGCGAACAACUCUGGGAUAAACAAGAGGCAGAUCACAGACCUGGUGGACCAGAGUAUCCAGAUCAACACGCACUGCUUCGUGGUGACCGCUGAUAACCGCUACAUCCUGGUGUGUGGCUUCUGGGACAAGAGCUUCCGAGUUUACUCCACAGAGACCGGCAAGCUCACGCAGAUCGUGUUCGGCCACUGGGAUGUGGUCACCUGCUUGGCCCGCUCCGAGUCCUACAUCGGCGGGGACUGUUACAUCGUGUCGGGCUCCAGGGAUGCCACUCUGCUGCUCUGGUACUGGAGUGGACGGCACCACAUCAUCGGAGACAACCCCAACAACAGUGACUACCCGGCCCCUCGCGCCGUGCUCACGGGCCAUGACCACGAGGUGGUGUGUGUGUCCGUCUGUGCUGAGCUGGGUCUCGUCAUCAGCGGAGCUAAAGAGGGGCCGUGCCUGGUGCACACCAUCACUGGUGACCUGCUGCGGGCCCUGGAGGGCCCAGAGAACUGCCUGCGGCCGCGCCUCAUCUCCGUGUCCAGCGAGGGCCACUGCAUCAUCUACUACGAGAGGGGGCAGUUCUGCAACUUCAGCAUCAACGGCAAGCUGCUCGCCCAGAUGGACAUCAACGACUCCACACGGGCCAUCCUGCUGAGCAGCGACGGCCAGAACCUGGUGACGGGAGGGGACAACGGCGUGGUGGAGGUGUGGCAGGCCUGCGACUUCAAGCAGCUCUACAUCUAUCCUGGCUGUGACGCCGGCAUUAGGGCUAUGGACUUGUCCCAUGACCAGAGGACUCUGAUCACUGGCAUGGCGUCCGGGAGUAUCGUAGCGUUCAACAUUGAUUUCAACCGGUGGCACUACGAGCACCAGAACAGGUACUGACGUCAGCGAGCAGGAGGAGCAGGAGGAGGAGGAGGAGGAGCAGCGGGCAGGAGGAGCAGACUGGAAGAGGUGAGCGAAUGGCAUGUGCUGGGCCCCAUCUCAGCCGCCCGGGAGCCAAUCAGCUCCUAGGAGGGACUAGUGAGUGACAUCUGUAAGCCCCGCCCCCCUCCCCUAAGCAUUGAGACGGCCGGCGGGGAGGGGAGGGGGGCGAUCGAUCAAAAAACACAAAAAAGAAAAGUAAAAGAAAAACGAAAACUGUGACUUCUCUCUACACGUUAAACACACCUGAGCCCCAGUGGAGAUGGGGAGGGUCCCACUCAUAUCAGGAUUAACCCCGCGUGGGACGGUCCGCUGUUUUUCCUCCCCCCCCCCAAAAAAAAACUGUGAAAACGAACACGAGCAAGUUCAGCGACGAGCAUCGCAGAAGACACCGCGUGCAGCAAGCUGAAGUCCGGGGCCAGUCUCGUUGUCCCCCUGGCCCAGCACCCUCGGCGGAGAAAGGGAUGCUUUUUAACCCACGGCGCGGCGAGAAGAAAAAAACACAACGAAAGAAUCAUGUCUGUAUCGGUUGCCGUGUUUUCCGAUUUCUUUUUUUUUUUUUGAAUGAGAAGUGCAAAUGAACAAAGAGACCAAACGAAAGCAUAGAAGAAAAAAAAGAAAAGAAAAAGAAUCAACAGAUCAACCGUUCCCUAAACUGCAAUCCGUAGUUGCUUACGAUGGGGGAGGAAGCUACAGAAUCUCAAUCUCCACCUCUCUCCCCAUGAUGGAUGACACAUCACCUUUAAUUUAUUAACUUGCUGUAUGUACAUUAAUGUGUAAUAAUGAUAAUAAUAAAUGACCAUGGUGUAAUAUGGGAGCUGCCAAAAAAAGAGAAGGGGAGGAAAUGCAUUACCUGAAAUCUAGACUCACUUUCCUCUUUGUAUAUUUGGUAACUGUAUUGUCAUAUAUGUAUAUAUUGUGUUGGUUAAGACAGCAAGGCAUGCGAGGUGGGCUUAGGGGGGAAAGGAAAGAAGGUUACCCUCUCUCUCUCUCACACACACACACACACACUCUCUCUACACACUACACACUACACAAGGAUAUUUGUUGAUUAUUUAAGAGAAACUAAUCUAUGUAAGAAUUUUUUUUAUGUUUGUUUUUCUUUUGUGUUGCCACCCCACACCAAUGACACAUCUAUUAUUUAUUAGUGUUCUGAGUUCUGCUUCUCUGCCUUGGCUCUGGGGGCCGCCCUGUCAAGGGCGGGGUCGCGCAUCGAUGUUUGUAUUUAAAAUGAUAUUGAAAAACCAUGUAAUGAUCGAUUUCAGCAGCCACACACACUACUGUAAGCAAUAUCAUGACUUUGUAGCUUUGAAAAUGUGCCCUGGGUGAUCGCCGACAAACCUGUGGAAAGAUGGAUCAGACAAGAAGAUGGGAAACAGGCUUCUGGGUAACACACCGACACACAUACACACACACACACACGCACAUGCACAUACGUAUAGAACAGUUUGACAUCCAAAAAAAUAAGAAAAAGAAAAGAAAAUAUUUUUGGAUUUACAGUAUGAAACCUAAUGCUAUUGUAUCCAUGUUUUAUUGCAGAAAUGUAAAUUAUGACAUAAGUUAAAAAAAGAAGGAAAGAAAAGAAAUAAAUUAUGCAAAGAACGUGUGAGAACUUGCCUUUUCAUUGGCCAUACGUUUGCAUAUGAUUUGAACUGAGCAACAGAGUUGCAUGCCAGACAAGUGAUUUUGUCAGUACUGUAUAUUUGAUUUCAUUUAUACGGUUUAGAAGUCUAUUUUUAUUCAUUUGUUCUUUUUGUUUCUCUACCAAGACGGACAACAUCCUCCGAGUCCCAUCACGAUAUCUAGUUUCGUUUUCAUGUGCUGCUUUUCAUUAUCCUCACUUGUUGAGAACACUGUUCAUUCUGAUUGCUUUCGAUUACCUCCCGUUUUGUUGAAAUUGACGAGGAAGGUCCACAUUGUUGUUGCAUAAUGGUGCAACUUGAAAAAGCCAGUAAUCCUUGGAAAGUGUCUCUAUACAAAUUGUUGAACCGCUGAUUCAUGCCAAUAUAUAAAGAUCAAUAACUGUAAAUUAAAAUGGUUUCCUUUUUGUCGUAUUUAUAAUAAAACAAACAA